AUGAGCAAUAACAAGAUGGAAGCCCCCGUCCCACCACCUCCAUUGGGCUGGAACUUUGACACGACAACAACUCCAGCGACGCCACUCAAGCUGGACAUUGCCAACUUGUCUCCUGUCCAGAUCCCGACUCACCCGCGGACACUCCAUCGACUGCCCACCCCCGAUCCAUCCAGGACCUUCAACUCGAGCCUGGGCUCCGAUGUCUCCUCGGCCCUGGUGCUCAGUCCGGAACAGUCCGAGCCGACCGGUACGUUGAGUGCAGCAGACACCGGCUCGGAGACGGUCCAAAACUCGCCCAAGACGGCCAAACUCUCCGUCUUGCAGCUCAACAUACACGACUUUAGCCAUAGCAUUGGCCGACUCGCUCCCCUUCCACCCGGAUCUCGCCCCUCCCGUCCCCACGGGUACUGCGUCUGA